UUUUCUUUCUUUUUUUUCUUCUUCUAUGGAAUUCACCUCCGUCUCUUUAUCUCAUGGCUUCUUCGCUAAUCCAAAUUUCCUCUCUCUUCACCCUUCUCUCUCUCUAGAAAUCCGUUUUCUCGUUUUCUUUUCCGUUAAGGUUCCCUUGCAUUGCUGAUUUGUAAUUGUGUCUCCGUUGAUUUGCUUCGUUAUUCUAUCCAAUUAUUCUACGCGCUUAUUGCCCGCUUCCGAAUACACGGGCUCGAUUUGAAGUCAACAUGAUCACAAUGGAUUUGCCUAUGAUAUGUCACAGUCAACUGGGGUUCUGAGGUUCACAACAUGUUGAUAGACUGCUUGCUGUUUGUGAAUGAAUUAUUCGACGAAGAAUGGAUUGUUGAUGAUAUUAGAUGCUUUAUUGUCUACAAAUCAAGUGCCAACACUGUGUUGACAGUUAAACAUCUCUUCAUGGAGUCUUUUCCUAUCUCUUUGAAGUGUUAUUGGUUAUAGUGUUGUAAUUCUAAUAAUGGAAAGAUACAAAAUUUUGAAAGAGCUUGGAGAUGGUUCUUGCGGUCAUGUAUAUAAAGCCCAUGAUACCAGAACUAAUGAGAUUGUUGCUGUCAAAAGGUUGAAAAGAAAGUUUUGUUUCUGGGAAGAAUACACAAAUGUAAGAGAAGUUAAGGCCCUCCGUAAGAUGAAUCACCCAAAUAUCAUAAAAUUGAGAGAGGUUAUAAGCGAGAAUAAUGAAUUGUUUUUCAUUUUUGACUACAUGGACUGUAAUCUUUAUCAAUUAAUAAAAGACAGAGAAAAGCCCUUUUCAGAGGAAGAGAUAAGGCGCUUCAUGAAGCAAGUGCUACAAGGACUUAGCCACAUGCACAAGAGAGGAUUCUUUCAUCGGGAUUUAAAACCUGAGAAUUUGCUCGUGACAAAUGAUGUUAUUAAAAUUGCUGAUUUUGGCUUGGCUAGAGAAGUAUCGUCAAUGCCUCCUUACACUCAAUAUGUUUCUACCCGGUGGUACCGAGCUCCUGAAGUUUUGUUGCAAUCCCCAUGUUAUACUCCUGCUGUUGACAUGUGGGCAGUUGGUGCAAUAUUAGCUGAGCUUUUCACUUUGACCCCCAUAUUUCCGGGUGAAAGUGAGAUAGAUCAAAUGUACAAAAUAUACCAUGUUCUUGGUACCCCAGACUUAGCUGCUUUCCCCAUGGGCACAAACAACUCUCUGCUGUUGGAACUUGUAGGUCAUGAAUUUGUUCCACCUAUGAAGCUUUCUGAUAUCAUUCCAAAUGCUAGCUUGGAAGCUAUAGAUUUUAUCUCACAACUCUUAUCAUGGGACCCAUCAAGAAGACCAGAUGCAAAUCAGUCAUUGCAACAUCCUUUUUUCGCACAGGUUGAUACAUGGGUUCCUUCUUCACUUCAUGCCCGCGAUCCACUUGAGCUGAAGCUGAGUAGCAAGAGGGCAAAGCCAAAUCUUGAGCUGAAACUGCAGGAUUUUGGCCCUGAUCCCGAUGAUUGUUUUCUUGGCCUGACAUUAGCAGUAAAGCCUAGUGUUCCAAACUUGGACUUGGUUCACAAUGUUUCUGAGGGCAUGGGAGAGAAUAUGCUCUUUUGCUCGGAUUUUAAAGAUCACUCAGACCAGUCAGUAUUUUGGACAUUGUUAUCUCCUGAUCAAAAUGGAGUUCAGAAUUCAGCAGAGACAUCAUUGUCAUUAUCAUUGUCAUACAGCUCCGUGCAGCAUUCGCCAAUUGGAGUUCCACAAUCAACAGGAUUUUCCUUCCAGCCUAUGCAGCCUAACAUCUUAACCACACCAUUUUUGGCUUUGUCUUCCCCAUUCCAGCGUGGGCACUGCCUUUGAAUGAUUGAUUGAACUUUGAUCGUCGCCGUUUCAUCUUCUUGAAUCCUGAUAUUGCACAUAUUGGUUUUCGUUUAGCUAAUAUAUUGUACAGCUCUGUGUAGAACUAAAGAUAGUUUACCCUUGUCAUGAAAUUGAGUGCAAGUACUGAACUAUAUUCUACAAAGAUAUCUGACUCCAUUCCUUAAUUGUAAUACUGAAAUUCAAACUUGAUGUUAUAGAACUUGAAAUAGAGAAUAUGAGGAGGCAAUGAAGCAUAACUUCUUUCCUCCUUCUGUCAUUUUUUUUGAAA